AUGGGUGACUACGAGCGCAGACGCCAUCACGGCGGCGGUGGCCACAACAACAGAAAGAGAAGGUACAGAGGCCUCUUGCCGAUGACAGACGAUGAUGACAACGAUCACCGACAGCAGCGCCGAAGAAUCGAUUCCGCGCCUCUUCCUGUGAGGGUUCGCCGACAGCUGCUGUCCCUUGCCGAGUCUCCUCUCCGACGAUGGCACGAAGAAGUCCAGAGCAUCGCACACGUAGUCGCUGAUAACACCGAAGACACGGAGCUGCGCGAGAGCUUUAUUAGCCUCGUUCUUCAGCUUGCGCUGGAGCAGCCGCUCAAAACGCCUUUCGUUGCUGGUGUCAUCCUCCUGGUGAACACCCUCAAGCCGGAGAUUGUGGGUGAGAUCCUCGUCAAGCUCAGCGCUGCGACUCAGGAAAAGAUCGAGGCCGGACAAUGGAGAGACGUGAAGCUUUACUUGAAGCUCCUGGCUUGUUUGCAGAGCUCCUUGGACGGCGAGGGAAUUUUCAACGUGUUGGACGAGCUGUUCAAUCGCGCUGUAGACCUGCAGACUGCAAGCUCAGAUGACACAAUUGGCACAGAGCUUGUCAAGAUUAUUCUUUUUACGAUUCCCUACAUUAUGGCUGCUGCGCCCGGACAGUGGCAGCAGAAGGCAGCCGAUCUCAUGGAGAAGACCGACAUCAUCGCCUCCGAACCCCAUGCGCUCCAAGCGCUGAUCGACCCAUACCUUGCGGAGAAAGAUGAGCCAACUGGGUCAAUGAGUGUGAUUGCCCUGCUGCAAAAGCAGCUUCACCAGGAGGCUGCGAAUAACUGGGAACUCUCGUGCCUUCCCAGACCCUGGAAGCUACCGCUGGAGGAGAUUGAAGCCCAAGAAAAGCUUGACAAUGCCACCAAGCACACCUUGCCAGCCAUUACUGUUCCCGAGAAGAUCAUUGCUGGACCUCGACCUUUGUUUCCCGAGGUCUAUUUCUCGGUGUACAGCUCCCAGGAAGUUGGGUCGGUACCUCCUGUCACAGACAUUGCUUCUUCACUGAUUCGCGAUGGUUUGGUUGAUACUAUCAACAUCCUGGACUACAACCGCAAUGUUACUGCUAGGUACUUGAUUGAUCUCGACUGCUACUUUUCCGACACUACCUUCGUCAAGCGAGCCACUCCUUUUGACAGGCUGCGCGACAUAGAGUCUGGCAAGUCGACAUGGAAGCCUGAGGACGUCGCCGUCGACGCUGUCUUCUCACAGCUCUUCCAGCUUCCCACGCCUGAGCAUAAGCUUGUUUACUACCACUCCGUGCUGACCGAGGCUUGCAAGAUUGCGCCGGCCGCGAUUGCGCCCAGUUUGGGCCGUGCGAUUCGACACAUGUACCGCAAUUCCAGCCGACUGGAUCUUGAGCUCUCGCAGAGAUUUGUCGAUUGGUUCUCUCACCACUUGAGCAACUUUGGCUUCACCUGGAAGUGGACAGAGUGGGUCGAUGACGUUUUCUUACCUGACAUCCACCCCAAGAAGGCGUUCAUUAUCGGAGCCUUGGACAAGGAAAUCAGAUUGAGCUUUGCUCAGCGCAUCAAGGGCACUCUGCCUGAGCCGUACCAGCCUCUUAUCGGCCCGGAUAAGGAGAAGGACGUCCCUGACUUCAAGUUCAACGACGAAAGCACCCCUUUCUCGGCCGAGGGACGUGAAAUCGCCUCACUUCUGAGACGCAAAGCUCCAGAUGAAGAGUUCCAGCCUAUCAUUGAGAAGAUUCACUCGCUUGCCAUAGAGCACGACCUGGACCCCUUGGUGACUAGCACCGAUGUCUUCGUCACAGCCGUCUGCUGGGUAGGGUCGAAAUCUCUUAGCCAUGUCCUGGCAUGCAUCGAACGAACCAAGGAUCGGCUCCUUGACGUGGGUGCGGCGUCUGAGGCGGCUAAGGCCCAAAUCAUUACCGCAGUCAUGUCAUACUGGGCUGCCCAGCCUGGUGUGGCUAUUUCCAUCGUGGAGAAGCUUCUCAACUAUUCAAUCUUGUUGCCUCUCUCAGUCAUUGACUGGGCAUUAGUGAGCAGCAACCAUAUCAACGGCCAGUCAUCUGGGGACUCUCUGGCGCAGACCCAUGUCUUCGAGCUUGUGUUUGGAACGGUCGCCAAGGUCACAGGUCGCGUCCGACAGUUGCAGACAGAAGCUGAUGCAGAUGAUGAGGCAAAGGAGAGAGAGGUCAAGGCCAUGCGUGACCUUUUCAAGGCGAUGGAGGAUGCUCUGGUGAGCUGGGCCUCUGGUAGCAAGGACGAGAUGAUGGAGGAGAUGGACGGAGCGGGUCAGCGCGACAGUCUUCUCCGGCGCUGGGGCGAGCGUUGGCUGCGCGUCUUCCGACGUCGGGCGGCCAUUGAAGAGGCCUUUAUCUUGGAGGCUUCGAAAGACCAGACAUCUGGAGGAGAAAGCGCCUCUGUCUAA